UACGAAGAGUGCAUAUACUAUCAAUCAGAGCCAAAUAAAUUCAAUAUAUGCAAAUACUUUGCAACGACCGUAUUUGGAUUCUCCCGGCGAAGAACAUGGUGAAGAUUCAUCCUGAUCAACCAUUACCGGUGGACUCCGGCGCCGGUGAAGAUAUGAGUUCGCCGUACUUGACGUUGGAGCAAGAGAGUUUCACGAUUUGGAUGAGAUCUCUUGUGUUCCAUAGCAAAGGCUGCACAGUUUUUGAUUCAAAAGGAAACUUAAUCUAUCGAGUGGAUAAUUAUAAUUCCAAGAGUUGCGGUGAAGUUUACUUUAUGGAUUUAUACGGACAAGUCUUGUUUACAUUACGCCAAAAGAAAUUGGGAUUAUUCAAAUCAUGUGAAGGGUAUAACUCAACCGGAGCAAGAUUUCAGAUAAGAAAGAAUUUCAAGAUUUCACCACGAGGUUCAUCUUCGUCUUACAAAAUUGUAAUGGGAUCAAGUAGAGAUGAUAAACAGUCUUGUUAUAAGAUUGUAAACCAUGGAUCGGUUUUUGCAAUUGAGGAUGGAUCAGGAAGAUUAAUGGCAGAAGUUAGAAAGAAGCAAUCAAAUAUUAAGGGUUUGGAUUUUGGAGAAGACGUUUUGACGAUGGUGGUGGAGCCACAACUUGAAAUUGGGAUUUCGAAGAUUUCACACAAAAUGUGGAGAAGAUCGGCUUCCUUCAUACUCGAUAAACAGCAGAACAACAAACCCAUCUCUCUAACUCCGUCGAUCGAUUCUCCUCCUCCACCUUCACCUUCUGCUUCAAUGGCGGACGAAAACCCUAACCCCAAUCCCAUUUCGGCUUACUACCAAACCCGAGCGGCGCACCAUGGAAUCGUGACCAGCGAUUGGCUGGAACAGGCGCAAGCCGCCGUUCGUCGCUAUCCCGACAAGGAUUCUCCCGUCGCGGGAAGACCCUUUAGCGUGAUUGAGGAAUUUAACAGUUGGAGGCAGCAGCCCGAUUUGGCGGAGGCUGUCGCGGCGAUUCGUGCUCUUGCGGCUGUUAUUAGGGCUAGCGAAGCGACUACUAUGAUGGAACUUGAAAUCGAGCUCAAGAAAGCUUCUGAUACCUUGAAAUCAUGGGACACAACCUCGAUAUCUUUAACAGCAGGAUGUGAUCUAUUCAUGCGCUACGUGACUAGAACAUCUGCCUUAGAAUUUGAGGACUUCAACUCAGCGAAAUCACGCGUGCUUGAACGUGCUGAGAAGUUUGGGGAAAUAUCUUGCAAGGCCCGAAAGAUAAUUGCAAUGCUUAGUCAAGAUUUCAUAUUUGAUGGGUGUACUAUACUUGUCCAUGGAUUCUCCAGAGUUGUAUUCGAAAUACUAAAGACAGCAGCUCAAAACAAGAAACUCUUUCGAGUUUUGUGCACAGAGGGAAGGCCAGAUAAAACAGGAGUACUGCUAGCUAACGAGCUUGCAAAGCUUGAUGUUCCAGUGAAGCUUCUGAUUGAUUCAGCUGUGGCCUAUAGCAUGGACGAAGUAGACAUGGUGUUUGUUGGAGCUGACGGAGUAGUUGAAAGUGGCGGGGUCAUUAACAUGAUGGGUACUUACCAGAUCGCCCUUGUCGCACACAGUAUGAACAAACCAGUCUAUGUAGCUGCAGAGAGUUACAAGUUUGCACGCCUCUACCCGUUGGAUCAAAAAGACUUAGAACCGGCCUUGCGACCUAUUGAUUUCGAUGUUCCUGUUCCUCCUAAGGUUGAGAUAGAAAGAUCUGCGAGAGACUACACUCCUCCUCAGUACUUGACUCUGCUCUUCACUGAUCUUGGUGUUCUCACUCCAUCUGUAGUAAGUGAUGAGCUAAUUCAGCUUUACUUGUAAGUAAAGUAAAGCUGUAUUCUUCUUUUUCUUCCUAAAGCUUUUUCUGAAUGCUUUCAUUACCUUGUAUAGAUAUUAAAAACACCAAUUUUUUGGCUAUACACAGACAUAGCUCGUCUCUGAUUUUUCUA